AUGUCAGACAGUUCGAGAUUUGCCGACUCUACUUUCACUUUGCCAAAGUAUUUAUCUUUGUGGAAUUUUACAACUACAACACCAUUUCUACAUAUCCCAUCAUCUGAACUACGUAGUAUUUUCUUUGCCAUGGAAUGGUACCUAAGAGUCAUCGUCAACCCAAUUAUUGGAGUUUUUGGAAUCUUUGGCAACGUUUUAAGCUGUGUAGUGCUCAAGCGGAGAGGGUUGCACAAAUCAUCUGACAUCCUUCUGUUCACUUUGUCUAUUGUUGAUACGCUAGUGUCUACAGUCACACUGGAUAUUGCAAGAAUAGCGACACAGAUUAAAACAAAAUCUCCUUUGUGGAAUAGAGUUCUUGACGUAGAUUGCUCUUAUACUUCGCCUGUGGGAAUAAUGUUGUAUUUCAGCAUUAUAAGUGAUGCUAUGUACACAUUUAGAAUACAGACAAGUAGUGUGAUUUGUGUUUACAUAACAGUAGAACGAUUUAUCGCUAUUUUCUACCCCUUAGAAUUUCGUCAAAUUGUUACCACAAAACGUGUUUGGAUAAUUUUAGCAGGCACUAUGCUAACAAUGGGAGUGUAUGCUGUUAACGCAGUAAGAAAUCUUGUACCCUUUUUAGAGUAUGAUGCUAAUAGAAACGUAUGCUUUAUGCAUCUUGCAAGAAUACAAAACAUGGUGGAUGAUAUGAUUGACAACAUUGUUUACUAUGCAUGCAGCCUUGUUGCCAUGAUUAUCGUCAUAACUGGUAUAACAGCUAUUGGCUUAAAACUAAUCAUCGUGAGAAAACGUCGCUUCACCAUGACAACAUCAAUUAAGCUGACCAAAUCAUCUCUCAAAACUACUAAAACCCUAGCGGCUGUGUGUUUCCUAUUUUCACUCACACAAAUUCAAAGGCUGCCCUAUACUUUAGAUAUUGGAAUGGAUAUUGAGAUAUCUGACAUGUACUAUCAGUUAAAUGAGACUCUGGAUUACUUAAAUAGUGGCCUCAACUGGCUUGUCUACAUCACACUGAACGACCAGUUUAAAAACAUGAUGGUCGAGAUGUUGUGCUGUUUAAUUACUAAAAAAUAA